AUGCUUUGCUUCCUCGACCGCAUCAACAUCGGCAACGCGCGCAUCCAGGGCAUGGCCGACGAGCUGCAUCUCAACGAGGGUGUUCGCUUCAACUGGGCCCUGUCUGUCUUCUACAUCGUCUACCUGACCGUCGAGGUGCCCAGCAACAUCCUCCUCAAGGCUAUUGGCCCGCGCUACUACCUACCCCUUCUUGUCUGCGGUUUCGGCCUGGUCUCGCUCUGCACCGCCUUUGUCAAGGACUUUGCGGGCCUCAUCGUUGCGCGCGUGUUCCUCGGGAUAUUCGAGGGCGGCGCCAUGCCCGGCAUGGCCUUCUUCCUGAGUUGCUUCUACAAGCGCAACGAGCUGCUGUUUCGCAUCGGCAUCUACGUGUCAGCCGCCUCCUUCGCCGGGGCCUUUGGCGGGCUGUUGGCCACAGGUCUCUCGAGAAUCCCCGAAUGGGGCGCCGCCGGAGCCCGCCUCUACACCUGGCGCAACAUCUUCUUCUUCGAGGGCCUCCUCACCGUCAUCAUCGGCGGGCUGUCGCCCAUCUGGAUGCCCACGACCCCGAGCGACGCGUAUUUCCUCAACGAGCGGGAACGGCGCAUUGCGGCCGAGCGCCUGCACCGCGAACACAAGGCCGACCCGGCCGAGAAAGUCACCAUGAAGGACCUGAAGCAGGGCAUCUUUUGCAUCCACAACUACACGUGCGCGCUGGGCUUCUUCAUCAUCAACAUCACGGUCCAAGGUGUGUCCGUCUUUAUGCCCACCAUCCUCAACGACCUGGGCUACACCAGCACCGAGGCGCAGCUGUAUUCGGUGCCCCCUUAUGUCAUGGCGUGCCUGGUUGCCGUCGCUGUCGCCUGGGCCAGCGACAAGACCCGCCAGCGGGGGAUAUGGUUGGCGGCGUUUUCGCUUCUGGCUAUUAUCGGAUUUGCCCUGCUGCGGUUUGAGACACGGUCCAGCGUCCGCUACAUGGCUGUCUUCUUCGUCACGGUCGGCGCGUAUCCUGGUGGUCCUGGAUUCUUGAGUUGGGCUAUGAAUAAUUCGGCAGGUCCCUCGGUGCGAGCCGUCACCAGCGGCUACGUGGUCACACUCGGUACCAUCGGUGGCAUUGUCGCGACGUGGACCUACAUCAAAGAGGACUCUCCCAAGUACUACACCGGCCACACCAUCAACCUCUGCGGUCAGAUUGCCGUCGUCUGUCUUGCCAUUUUUGGGAUUUUCUACUGCAUGUAUGAGAACCGUGCUCGCGCGGCGGGGAAGCGUGACCACCGGCUGGAAGGACUCACGGAGCAGGAGAAGUUGAAGCUCGGGAGCAGACACCCAGAGUUCAGGUACUGGACCUGA